AUGUCUAUUCGAGAUAUAGAAAGUGUGGAAGAAGUUGUGUUCAUGGACGAAAUCUUCGAUUGUGAACAACCGAGGAAGAAGAAGAAGAGUUACCGGGCACGUGUGAGUCUUUUGGAGAUGUAUUAUGAUGCAGAAUUCCGCAGGAAAUACAGAUUUUCUAAAGAAGGAACAAUAAAAUUAAUAGACUUGUUCGGGGCACAGUUAAAAUGUGACGGAAGGGGAGGGAAACUUUCUCCAGAUCUUCAAAUUUUAACUGCUCUUCGCUGCUGGGGAAGAAAUGAAGUUCAAGGCGAUUCCGCUGACUUGCAUGGGAUAAGUCAACAAUCUAUUACUAAUGUGUGCCGUAGAGUGGCACUGUCCAUUGUCGAAAAGAGGCAGAUGUAUAUACGAAUGCCUGAAAAUUUAGACGAAGAGGUGCAGAAAAUCAACAUGUUUUCUGAUAUUUGUGAGUUCAAAAGUAUGAUCGGGUGCAUUGAUUGCACUCACAUCCGCAUCCCACAUGUACCAGGCAAUGAAGGGCACUAUUAUAUUAAUAGGAAGAAUUUUCCAUCAUUAAAUGUACAAGUUGUGUGUGAUGCUUCAUUGAAGAUAAUGGACAUUGUGACAAGAUGGUACGGGAGUGCACAUGAUUCCCGAAUAUUCAAUGAAUCUGCAUUGAAAUUGAAUUUUGAAGGUGGACAAUUUCAUGGGAGGCUUUUGGGAGAUUCUGGGUAUGCGUGCACACCUUACUUAUUCACCCCAGUGUUGAGGCCCAGGUCAAGAAAGGAGUUGCGCUACAUUGCAAAGCAUGUGCGCACAAGGAAUUCUGUGGAGAGAUGUUUUGGUGUGCUGAAAAGCCGAUUUCGUUGUCUCCAAACAGGCUUCAGAAACUCCCUUGAAAAUAUAAAGCUAUAUAUUGUGGCACUCGCAAUAUUGCACAAUAUAGCAAUAAUUUUCAAUGAAGAGGAAUUUCCUGUUGAAGAAGAAGUGGUUGAAGAACAGGAAUUACAACCAAUUCAAGCUGUAGGUCGAGGAGCAACAGUUCGGGCAACUUUUAAAGAGGAAAAUUUUUAG